UAGCUUACAGGGCCCCAAAAUGGUGUCCCGGAUAAUUUAUUUAGUUUUUUUAAUAAUAGCCGCUAGUUCUGCCUACGUUUUAGUGGAAAACGACGACCCAGAAGAAAGCGUGAUAUGGCCGUCCGAAUAUUCUUAUAAAGCUGAAGAUAUCGACCUGGUUAACGCGUUCGUUGAGAACUUCCAGGUUUGGUACAGUGCCGAGCACAACAGGUCCCGUAUCGACUACAACAAUGGCACCAACAAAAUAUACUACAUCGCCGAGUCUGAUGACGACAUGGGUUAUCAAUACGAGAUCCACCCAAUCACAACUGAAACUGUGAGGAACGAGAAUAUCUGCAUCCAAAGCUACUCUGAGGGCGAGCAGCGUGACUUCUUGCCGAAUCUUGACGGCUACGAAUAUUCGCAUGAGGAACUAGAAAAUGGCAGAACAGUGCGAGUGUGGAUAAAAGAAGAAGAGUCAGAAGAUGAAGAGCAUGUUACUGUCAAAUCAACGAUGUACGUGUACAGGACCGACUACGACUUCGACGUGCCUGUCAAGGUGAUCGCCAAAGCCCUGAACCUUGUAGACGGCUCCAUCCAAGCCAACAUGAUCAGGAACUACUUGCAGUUCACCUUCAUCGUUACUGCUGAUGAAGUCACCCUGAAAGAUGAAGACUGUAAUGAACCAGUUGAUGAAAAUCCUGAAUUUAAAGCCAUCAUCGAUCAUUUACAUCCUCAUGAUCCUGCUCAUGUAGAGAAGGCAUUCCACAGUUACAAAAAACAUCACGGCAAGACGUACAAGCAAAAUGAGCAGGCAAUGAGGAAAGCCAUAUUCCACAAGAAUUGGAAAAUGAUCCGCGCCCACAACCUCAAGAACCUAGGCUACAAGAUGGAGCUGAACGUCUUCGCUGACCGCACCCCAGAGGAGCUGAAUAUCCUCGCCGGCACUCGGCCUUCGUCCCCCACGGCGGUGGGGACCAUGCCCUUCCCCCACUCCGACGAAGAAGUAAAGGAACUGGCCGAGGAUCUCCCUGACAGCUAUGACAUGAGGUUCCUGGGCUAUGUUGGACCUAUCAAGAAUCAAGGUGAAUGUGGAUCAUGUUGGGCCUUUUCUACCACCGCCACCGUGGAGGGAGCGCUGUCAAAGUCUAAUGGAGGUCGCAACGUGGAUCUCAGUGAACAGUCGCUGGUAGACUGUGCUUGGGGCUUCGAAAAUGCUGGCUGCAAUGGUGGUCAGCUCGACAAGGCCUACGAGUACAUAUUGAAGCAUGGCAUCCCAUUUGACAGUCAGUACGAAUACAGACAAAAGGAUGGCUACUGCAAGGUUGACAACACGACCGACACCUUCAAGAUCCGGGGCUUCGGACUCGUCACCCCCAGGAACCCAGAAGCCCUGAAGCUGGCUCUGGUGAAGUAUGGACCCGUGUCCAUCGCGAUACAUGCCUCGAAAAAUAUGUAUUUGUACACCAACGGAAUCUUCUACGACAUAAACUGCGAGGGCUUACACGUCAACCAUGGAGUAGUGGUGGUCGGUUACGGCGAACGCGACGGUACCCCCUACUGGAUCGUCCGCAACUCCUGGGGAGAAAACUGGGGGCAAGACGGGUACAUCCUCAUGUCAGCUCUAAAUGACAACUGCAAGGUGAUGGACUCGCCUUACUACCCCAUUGUUUAAAUUGAAGUGCAAUCUAUCCCAUGAUAUAGCGGUAGAAGUAAAUAAAGUUACCACACCUCACUUUAUUAGCGUCGUUAAAAACCCUCUUGCGCAUCUGAUAAGCUUAAUGUAUCGUAUAUGUAUCGCUUCGUUUCAAGUCUUUCUCUUGACUAAUUUAUUUCAGAUUUUUAUCCAUCUACUGGUUAAUGUUAUUUUGUAUGUAUUUCAUAUAUUUCACAUAUUAUAUUUAAUGGUCUUACUUGUAUUGUACCUAGUUAUUUAUUUUUAUACUCGAUGCUUCACAAUGGAUUCGCACGAAAAAGGGAGGAGGUGAUUGGUGUACUAUAUUUAUUUCUUGAUACCGCUGGAGGAGAUACUUUGUAAUCUUUGAAUGACCAUGCUAUGUACUAUUUUGGAUACCGAGACUUUAAUAAAUUCCACGUGCAAACUU